AUCUUUUACAUGAAAAAGAAUCCAUGCGAGAAAGAGAUUGAUGCAUCAAGUCUCACCAAAAAACUUAUCUAAAGAUGUUCGCGACAUCACUCAUGUGCUGAACUAUGACUAUCCCAACAACUCCGAAGACUACAUUCACCGUAUCGGUAGAACCGGUCGUGCUGGCGCCAAUGGAACUGCCAUUACCUUCUUCACCACUGACAACUCUAAGCAGGCUCGUGACUUGGUCAAGAUCCUUACUGAGGCUAAGCAGCAGAUUGAACCCCGUCUCGCUGAGAUGGUUCGCUACAGUGGCGGCGGCGGUGGUGGCUAUGGCGGUGGUUACGGCCGUUGGGGUGGUCGCGGUGGUGGUCGCGGCCGUGGUGGUGGUGGUGGUGGUGGCGGCCGUGGUAAUAGUUUCACUGCCUCCAACGCUGCGCCGAUUGCUGGUAACCGUCGUUGGUAAGGCGAUCAUGAUGCCCAGUUCAGUCAUUGAGCUCGUAUCCCAUUGUCAUCUUGGUAUCAUUUUGCCCCUCUAUUGUUCCCCCGAUUUCCAUUCCGUAACUCGGCGCGGGCGGCGUUCGUCGAUGUCACGAUAGACUUGUUUCUUUUUGUUUUUCUUUGGGUGUCUGGGGAAAAAGUGUAUGCUGACAGGAUCGGGUUAUGCCGGCAUCACCUUACUCUAUCUUCCCAUGCGCGUAUUUGUUAAUUAGGGUCAGUCAAAAGUUCUAAUUUUGGCUCGUCAGCGGUAUGGAUGGGCUUUCGACGAGCUUUAGCUUAGUUUUGCAUGUCAUUUUAGAAAUGUAUCUAUUACUGGAUGCUUUCGUGCUGUGGUUGGUGAUUUCUAUCUUAAUUGAUGUUGGAUUACUCUGUACUUGAAAUUACUCUCAUUACAUAGGUCUAUGUCUCAGGUCGAAGUCCAGCGCCCCUCCCGCCCCCUG